AUGCCACCAAAUACCAUCAGUCUCAUUCAACCUUUGGAUCAAGGCAUCAUUCGUUCAUUCAAAGCGUAUUAUUGUCGGGAACUUGUUCGAAUGCAAAUCGCAGCAAUCGAUGCUACACCGCCAGUGCCGCUGUCUGAGGUGGCCAAGCAGAUAACUGUUUUGAAGGCCGUGCACAUGAUGAAGCGAGCACUUUUCAUGGUCAAACCGUCAACAAUUGAAAAUUGUUUUAAAAACCGGUUUGUCAUUGAAUCACAGGCUGAAGUGGAAGAAAUACUUGACGAAAAUUAUCAAGUUUCUCCACCUUCGGGCAUGAGCAAACAGAUUUUGACGAAUUUAUCAAACGACGACCGUACACAAUGUUAUGGAGAACUGACUGACACGGACAUCACACGUGGUAUAAAAUCGGAUGAUCAAGAUUUUGACGAAGAUGAUCAUGCUGAAAGCGUAAGUUCUGAAGUUUCUGAAAGUGACAAACCAGUGCCAAAUUCUCUGGCUGCAUUGAAUGCGCUUGAAACUGACAGCCUACUUUGA